AUGGCUAAUUCGGUCUCUCCUGUAGGUAAUAUUGCUCGUGGAUUUUUCAAUCGUUUUCAGUUUGGAUUAUCCGCAUCCACCAACAAUCAUGAUGGCUUAUCCAAUAAUCUAUCCUCCGAUGAACCUUUAGCAUUGUGGAUUGAUCGCAAAUUAGUGGAUAAAGUAACACGCAUCUUAACCAAAAUUGUCAAGCUAUGCCAACGGCCUAAAAUGAAUUUAAAAAAUAAUCCACCUUAUAUCAUUGAUAUUUUAACACAAAUACAACAUCAUAUCUUGACUGUCAUACAAGAACAACGCGGCGACUUGGAUAAAUUAAAUCAAAUUGAAUAUCUAACCUUUUAUUUUGGUAAUUUAAUGAAAAAAUGCAAAUAUACAACCAAUUUAUUCAAAGCUGCUAAAGAGAAAAUAUACGAUACACGAACCAUCUAUCGUUGUACGCUCAAUAAGAUGAGCUUGAUAUUUAGUCAUAUGCUGACUGAAUUGAAAGCAAUCUUUCCUUCAGGUCAGUAUAACAUUGAUGAUUAUCGUAUCGUCGAUGAAGGUGCUUGCCAAUUUUGGAAAGAAUCUUUCCGAUCCAGAGCUAUUAUACCAUGGACAACUUUCCGCGAUGCUUUGGAGCGUGUGCAUGGCCAAUUAUCUGAUCAUGAAUCGAUUUCUUUAAAGGGCACCAUGGAUUUAACAUUAAAUCAACAUAUAUCCAUUUUUGAGUUCGAUAUUUUCAGCAGACUAUUCCAGCCUUGGGCUACUAUUAUGCAUAACUGGAAUUCUUUGGCUAUUUCUCAUCCAGGAUAUGCAGCAUUUUUAACAUAUGAUGAUGCAAAAAAUGCCUUGGAGCCAUUCUUGGAUAGACCAGGAAGUUAUAUAUUCAGAUUGAGCUGUACACGAUUGGGCCAGUGGGCAAUUGCGUACGUUGAAGAAUCACGAAAUGUCGUACAAACUAUACCCAAUAAUAAACCUUUACGGCAAGCACUAAUUGACGGAUUCAAUGAUGGAAUAUACCUAUAUCCAGCAGGAAAUGAUGCUAAUCCUGACUUAACACUAGAUGCUCCGUCAUCGCAACAGCAUAUGACUGUAACAAAGGAUCAAUAUGACAUAUACGUUAACAUGGGUAGUACGUUUGAAUUAUGCAAAAUUUGUGCUGCAAGAAAUAAAGAUGCUUAUCUCGAACCAUGCGGUCAUUUAAUGUGUGAGCAAUGCCUGCAACGUUGGCAAUUAAAAGGCGGUCAGGAAUGCCCGUUUUGUCGCUGUCGUAUAGUGGUAAUAAAUGUGAACGUUGUUAAUACUGCAUCGAUUUAA